AAAAGAAAGAAGAAAAGAAAAAAAGAUUUUUUAUGGCACAGAAAAAAAACACGUUUUCAUCUGGAGACAUCACACAAGCCGGAUGUGCGGCCAUAGUGUUUUUUUUCCCUCCGCCCCCCUCACAGCGAAGACGGCGGUGUGGUGGGGGUGAGUCCUCUCGCUGCCCUCGCUGCUCUUUGGCUGCGCUGCAGUAGCAGAAAGAGGACGCGCUCAGCUCAAGUUGGCGGAGACGGACUCGAUGCUGAGCGGACUGUGCUGCUGCUCCUGAGCCGUCACCGACGCCGACACCUGCCGCUGUGCUGCGCCGGUCCAUGGUUCACAUCAAUCUGCUCCAACAGACCCUUCAGUCGCACAAAGGCCCAGAGGAGCAACUUUGUUCCGGACGCGUCCUCCGGCAGGUGUCCUGAGCUCUGUCGCCGCCUUCGUCAGAUCUCAACUCAUCCUGCUCCUGUGCUGAAGCGACGAGGACGAUGUGGUCACUGCUGCGUCUCAGCCUGUUCGGCUUCAUCUCGAUGGCAUCGCCGCUCAACCCUGACGACCCCAAUGUGUGCAGCCACUGGGAGAGCUAUGCAGUGACUGUGCAGGAGUCUUACGCUCAUCCAUUUGACCAGGUCUACUACACCCGCUGCACCGACAUCCUCAACUGGUUCAAGUGCACAAGACACAGGAUCAGCUAUAAGACAGCCUACAGAAAAGGUGUGAGGACCAUGUACCGGCGACGCUCUCAGUGCUGUCCAGGAUUCUACGAGAUUGGAGAUUUCUGUGUCCCUCUGUGUACGGAGGAGUGCGCCCAUGGUCGCUGCAUCUCUCCAGACACAUGUCAGUGUGAGCCCGGCUGGGGAGGACUGGACUGCUCCAGUGAAUGUGAGAGCGACUUCUGGGGCCCUCACUGCACCAACCGCUGUCAGUGCCGCAAUGGCGCCAAAUGUAACCCCAUCACUGGAGCCUGCGUCUGCACCGACGGCUACCAGGGCUGGCGCUGUGAGGAGCCCUGCGACACCGGCUUCUAUGGCAAAGACUGCCUGUUGGAGUGCCAGUGCCUCAAUGGCGCCACCUGCCACCAUGAGACCGGCGAGUGCCUGUGUGCUCCUGGAUACACCGGAGCAUUCUGUGAGGAGAUGUGUCCUCCAGGGAAACAUGGCUCGCUGUGUGAACAGCGCUGUCCCUGUCAGAAUGGAGGCACGUGUCAUCAUGUGACUGGACAGUGCUCCUGUCCCGCCGGUUGGAUGGGCCCGGUGUGUGCGCAGCCGUGUCCAUUUGGAUCUUUCGGCAUCAACUGCUCUCUGGAGUGCACGUGUCGUAACAGUGGCCUGUGCGACCACAUCAGCGGUCAGUGCCAGUGCACGUCAGGCUACAUCGGAGAGAGGUGUCAGGAUGAGUGUCCGGUCGGCACCUAUGGGCCACAGUGCGCCCACAAGUGUGACUGUCAGAACGGUGCAAAGUGUUACCACAUCAACGGGGCAUGUCUGUGUAACGAGGGCUUCAAAGGUCCGAGCUGCCAGGACCGGUUCUGCCCCAGUGGACUGUAUGGACUUAUGUGUGAUAAACACUGUCCCUGUACAGCUGCACACACACUCAGCUGUCACCCUCUGUCGGGGGAGUGCACAUGCAUCGCAGGAUGGACGGGCCUCUACUGCAACGAUACCUGUCCGGCAGGUUACUACGGCAUUGGCUGCAGGGAACUCUGUGCCUGUGCCAACGGAGCCGACUGUGACGGCACCACCGGAGCCUGUGUGUGCGCGCCGGGAUUUAUUGGUGACGACUGCUACAUCAGCUGUCCCUCAGGUCUGUACGGGACCAACUGCUCCUCGUCGUGCUCCUGCCACAACGAGAUUUCCUGCUCGCACAUUGACGGCUCCUGCACCUGCGGAGAAGGUUGGCAGGGCGUGGACUGCUCCAUCCCCUGCUCCAGCGGUUCUUGGGGACUGAACUGUAAUCAGACGUGUCUGUGUGCCAACGGAGCAGCGUGCGACCCCGUCAACGGCACGUGCACCUGCUCGCCGGGCUGGAGGGGCGAAUAUUGUUACGAGACGUGUUUUGAGGGGUCAUAUGGACUGGACUGCACAGAGCGAUGUGACUGUGUCCACUCCGACGGCUGUGAUCCAGUGUCCGGUCUCUGUCACUGUCUCGCCGGUUGGACAGGUGUCCACUGUGGCAGUGUGUGUGAGGAGGGACGCUGGGGACCCAACUGCUCCUACAGCUGCACCUGUGAGAAUGGAGGCACCUGCUCCCCAGAGGACGGGACCUGCAUGUGUCCUCCUGGCUACCGUGGCAACAACUGCAGACGAACCUGCUCUCCUGGUUCCUAUGGACACCGCUGCAGUCAGUCCUGUCCUCAGUGUGUCCACAGUGACGGGGCAUGCCAUCAUGUGACCGGUCACUGUGAUUGUCUCUCUGGCUACUUUGGCUCCCUCUGUAACCAAGUGUGUCCCUCUGGGAAGUUCGGUAAGGCCUGUGCCGAGACGUGUCUGUGCACCAACAACGGCACCUGUAACCCCAUCGACGGCUCGUGUCAGUGCUAUCCCGGAUGGAUUGGCGAGGACUGCUCCAAACCGUGUCCUCAGGGCUCGUGGGGACCAGACUGCAUCCACACAUGUAACUGUCACAACGGAGCCCUGUGCAGCGCCACAGAUGGAGAGUGUGACUGCAGCCAGGGCUGGACGGGACUCUUCUGCACUCAGCGUUGUUCCACGGGCUUCUAUGGCGCUCAGUGUGCUGAGGUGUGUCGCUGUCAGAACGGAGCGGACUGCGACCACAUCACUGGACAGUGUUCAUGUAGGACGGGAUUCAUCGGACACAGCUGUGAACUCAAGUGUCCUGCGGGGACGUUCGGUUAUGGCUGCCAGCAACUGUGCGAGUGUAUGAAUAACGCCACCUGCGACUACGUGACGGGAACCUGUUACUGCAGCAUCGGCUUCAAAGGCAUCCGCUGUGACCAGGCUGCUCUAAUGAUGGAGGAACUCAACCCCUACACCAAGAUCAGCCCGGCACAGGCGUCAGAGCGGCAGUCAGCCGGCGCCGUCCUAGGCAUCAUCUUCCUGCUGCUGCUCAUCAUGGCCAUGCUCGGCCUGGUCAUCUGGUUCCGCUAUCGACAGAGAGAGAAGGGCCACCACGUUCCAAAUGUCACCUACACCCCUGCCCUGCACGUCACCUCCACUGACUACUCACUCUCAGCAGGGCUACAGUGCACAGGCCUUCUCUCCUCUGCUGACUCCUCUCCCAGCAACAGCUCUGUCGGACACUGCUUCUCUAACCCAAGUUACCGCACUCUGGGGCCGUGCGGCUAUGCUGCACACUACGCCAAGACAGACAAGAAGGGCUCCACCAGGAUGAAGAUGAAGAAGCGACACAGGAACAGCGCUCCAGAGUGGGGAGCUUACUGUAACCUCAGUGAACUCGGUGUUUACUGCAUCGAUCGUCGUUACAGCUACCACCUGGAGCCGCGCUACAGAGACUACAUGAAGGGCUCUCUGUCCAGCACCUGCUCCCUGAACAGUGAGAACCCGUACGCCACCAUCACAGACCACCCCGCUCUGUGCAAACACUCGGAGAGCAGCUACGUGGAGAUGAAGUCACCCGCUCGCCACGAGCACAUGACACACUGCUGCUCUGCCACUGCUGCUGCCAUCAUCACCACCACCACCUCCACCACAGCUCCGGCCAAAAACGUUUACGACAUGGAACCAACCAUCAGUAUUAUUCAAGGUGCAGCCGGCGUAGUCGUUCCCAGUUACUCUCAGAACCCGUACGACCUGCCAAGGAACAGCCACAUUCCCAGCCACUACGACAUACUGCCCAUACGGCCGAGCCCUUCUCACAGUCACAGCCCGCCGCUGCCUGACAGCCCCACCAGCUCGCUCCUCUAAACCCCGGGUCCCUCCCUCCCUCCUUCCUUGCUUCCUUACUUCCUCCUGAUCGAUGGAGCAGAACUCCCAUUUCAUGCAGAACCAGGGAACUGUGACGAAACAGCAAAUGAUCAGCGGUGAUUUUUUUUGAUUGGUGAGUGAAGACGGACAUUCAGAGGAUAGAGGACUGUGUGUGUGUGUGAGUGUCUGUGUACUUGUAUUUAUAUCUUUGUGAGGAACAAAAACAUUUAAAACAAUAUCUUUGUGGGGACAUUUUGUCCGUGCACCACAACUUUAAAGGGCUUUUUCAGGGGUAAGACCUGGUUCUAGGGUUAGGGUUAGGCACUUAGUUGUGAUGGUUAAGGUCAGGGUAAGGGGUCUGCAACCUAUAGUAUGAAAAGAGCCACUUUUGUCCCCUCUCCACUCAAAUAAAAUUAAUCUGGAGCCACAAACUAUAUUUGACCCAUACAAUUAAGAUAAUUACGUGUAUGAAUGAGAAUUUACUAAAAGAAAACUUAUGACAUUUUAUUUUGGUUUAUGCCAGUGGAGAAAAAAUAAAACAGAAUUAUUUGACCUAGUCCUUCCAUUGUUUCAACAUCACAUUUGAUGUAGACAUUGUUUGUGACGCACAGAAUAUUAAAACACUUUCAUUUAUUGCCUCGAUCUCUAAAAAAAAAAUUUAAAUAAACAUUGCUUUGAGGGUUUUUUUCAAAGCUAAGGGGAGACACUGGUUCUAGAGCCGAAGGUUGCAGACCCCUGGCCUAGGGAAUGCAUAAUGUCUAUGAUGUGUCUCACUAAGAUAUAAAAACAGUGUGUGUGUGUGUGUGUGAUUUAUCACUGUGUUAUGUCAAACCAGAUGGAGCAUUUCUCGCGUCGUACUGUAAAUUCACAUAAGCAGAGGGAAUGUGGAAUAUAUACAUAUGCUGUAUGCACACAGGCGUACCUACUGUACCUGUUGGUAUGCUAACAGGUAGAAGCUACCCAUUGUCAUCCAUUUUGACUCAAACUGGUCAGACAAUGUAAAGAAAAGCAAGGGAAAAAAAAGAGAAAAAAAACAGUUUCUCAAAAGUAUUUCAUCAGACUUUUCUAAAAGCUGAGCACUGACCGUUUUAAACGAUGCUCUGUGACUCGCAUACACAGAAACGUGCAGUCGCUCAGAUUCACGCAACUUCGUAUAUUUCUAAAUAUUUUUAAACAUUGUUAUUUCCUGUUUACAUAUUUAAAAAGGUCCCGCAGCGGAGGAUCGAUAUUUUCUCUUUUUGUAUGUACUGUAGACAAAGUGGUGUAUUAUUGUGAUUCUCUUUUGUUGUGGGCGAGCUUACUUCAAAUGCAUGCCAAAGGUUAUUCGAGAUAUAAUAUUUAAUUAACCAGAAAAAGACCCUCGGAAUGACUUUCUCAGCACGGGUGUCAUCACUGCAGCGAGGUCAGAGGUGAAUGCUCGACCGAUGGCGACACAGAAGGCCAUUGCAGAUACAAACGCGUCUCUGUUAUUACAUCUAUUUAUUCCAUUCAAAAUGAAUGAAGUUAUAACACAGAAAAUCCUGCUCCUGCCACUUAUAUUGAUAACUUAAUCUAGCAAUAAUCAAUAAUAACAGGACAUUUUGACAAUCAGACUUAAACAGCUUUGUUUUCCCAAGUUUGUUUCUUUACUAUUCUUCCCUCUUUACUUUUUUUUUAAACUUUAUCCUGUGUCUUAUCUUCCUCUUUGGUCAACACUGUAGUUUCUGUUGAUCUUUCAUGUGAUGCUUUUUUUAAUUUAUUUAUUUAUCUUGUCUGUUUCCAGCCUGUGACUCAAAAUAAAGUUGUCAUAGCUCAGGGGAGUGGUGUGUUUUCUCAUUACUCCACAGAUGACGAUGACAACUUUGCGCCUGUAUACGAAUGUAAAUAAAUACACGUCACAACAUAUAUGCAAUGUUAUCUGCCCAAUGAUAAGUCGUUAACUCAAUGUUUCCAAAUUUUCCCUGAAGUUCAAUACAUUUUUUGUUUUAGGUUGCAGAGAGCAUGUUUAAAAAAAAAAAAAGGGAGCCUUGAACUCUUCCUUGAGGAACUCCGUAAUCAAUGCUGAGUGAAUGUUAAAGAAAAAUACAGAGAUUAACAAAGUACGUUGUGCUCCAUCUCCUUUGUUUAUGUUUGAUAAUAAGCAUUCAUAAUCUUUCAAGGCUGAUGUAGCUGAUUCCAAUGGGGUGGACAAAAUAAUAGAAACAGCCAUCAAUAUAAUAAGUGAGUUUAAGAGAAUGUUUUGUGACCUGAGGUUGAAGCCUGGCACAUACAGUUGAUUUCAAUUGAAUAAC